UCUGCCUUGUUCUGUUUGUUGCAUUGAUCUAGAAAUCAUUCUCACAUCACAGCGAAACGUGGGAAGGAAUAAUUGGAAUAUGAUCAUGUGCUAUUGGCAUGUUGAAACGUGACCAAAGGUUGCUGGAACUAUUGCCAUUUGAUAAUGAAAAUUAUUGAAUUGAUUGCUGCCGUUGGCAUGCCCCUGCAUGCUACUCAGCACGUAAGAACAAAAGCUUCAGCAUCCAUAUUAUGUCAGCAAAGACUUCGUGUGAAGCCUUGGAGCUUACGUUGGAUCAAAUCAUAAAGACUUUGGUAUAUGGGUUAUGUUAAAAACACAGAGCAGAGUGACUUUAAGACGUGUAUUAAUCGAUUGUGCGUUUUGUAAAGUUAAAAAGACCUAAAAGAGUGAAGACUGGGGAGGUCCAAGCAAGGAAAUAAUCUGCAAACAGGGUGAACACCGCACAAAAACAAAAACAAUGUGCAAAGAAAAUCUGGUUUUCCUUGAUGCUAUGCUUGUCUUGGUAAACUCUAAUGGUGCAGUCAGAGUGCAGAUAUGAGAUUUUUGAAGAGUUUUUGAAGAUUGAAGAGAUAAAAACAUAUUGGUAGAGAAGAGAUAAAAACAUAUUGGUAAAGAAGAGAAAAGGGUUUUAAAAUAAGGGAGAAAGAUGCCUGCACCUUGGUUUAGUUUCAAGAGACUAGGUAAGUGUAAUGCAGAGUUGUCUGAUACCCAGGAUCCCAAGGCCAGCGGUAGGAAGACAAGAAAGCCAUGUUCAUGUAGUUACGGGUGUUCAAGGUCCAUAUUCUAUUUGAGAGAUGUCAUUCAUGGAAGCAAGAGACACACAGACAAGGCACCGAUUGGCAGCCCGAGAUCUAUAGGGAGCAGUGACAUUCUCAAUCCGAUAACCCAUCAAGUAGUUUUCACUGACUCAAAGUGUGAACUCAAGAUCACUCGGUGUUCUGCUAAUGGUGGUGGUAGGGGGGGUUCCACUUUUGUGGGUACCCUUAGGCCUGGGACACCUGGUCCUGGAGACCGCAUUUUGGAGCCCGUCUACAGCUGCAGAAGGUCAUUCAGCCUUUCCAGGACGACCCUUGGUGGCCCUUCCAUUUUCGGAAGUAGCAAUGACAUCUGUUCAAAGCCUAGGAGAUCUCUUGAUGCAGGGUCCCAAGGUUUUGUUUGUCACAAAUGUGGUGAAAAAUUUAAAAAGUUGGAAGCCAUAGAAGCACAUCAUCUGUCCAGGCAUGCUGUAACUGCACUUUCUGAAGGAGACUCCUCCAAGAAAAUUGUGGAAUUAAUUUGCCAAACAAGUUUUUUGGAGUCUGAAACUAAAUUUGGUCCGAUAGAAAGGAUAUUGAAGGUUCACAACAUGCAAAGAAGUCUUGCUCAGUUUGAAGAUUAUAGAGAAAUGGUAAAGAUCAAGGCUAGCAAACUAUCCAAGAAACAUGCACGGUGCCUGGCUGAUGGAAAUGAGCUUUUGAGGUUCUAUGGCACUACUGUUGCAUGCUCCAUCGGCAUGAAAAACACAUCAAGCCUAUGCACAUUAGAGAAAUGCGGCAUAUGUCAAAUUCUAAGGCAUGGAUUCUCCACCAUGAAGAAAUUCAAUGGUUUCCGGAGUGUUUUUACUUCUUCCUCGGGUAAAAGAGCUUUAGAGUGUAUUGAGCCUGAUGAAGAGAACCGAUGUCUAAGAAAGGCUCUGGUAGUGUGCAGGGUAAUUGCUGGGAGGGUUCAUAAACCUUUAGAAAAGGUGCAAGAAAUGGCAAGUCAAUCAAGCUUUGAUUCACUGGCAGGAAACUUUGAUAGCCAUCCGAAUAUUGAGGAACUCUAUUCACUGAAUCCUAGAGCUCUCUUCCCUUGUUUUGUGGUCAUCUGCAAACCCUCAAAGCAAAGUGCUCAAAAAUUAUAACUUAGGACCACAUUUCUUUUCAUUGUGAUUGUGAGGUCUAAUGUCUUAUCCAACCUUCUCUGUAAUUAUUUGUUCUUAUAGUAAAUAU